AAUCUGACACCGUGGAUUUAUGGAGUAAUACUUUGCAUUUUCGAUAACCACAGACUGAAGUGGCUGAAACCCCCCAAGAUGCUAAUUCGCAAUAAAACUGAUGAGAUUUUGUGGCUGAUUUCUUAUCGUCCUUUCUUAUCGCCUGCCCACGGAUCGUAUAAAAGCCCAUCGAUCCAAAACUGACGACAAGUUUCUAGGCAACCAUGAAUCUGUUCUUGCUGACUCUCUCCGUAGCCUUGGCCGUGGCCACCGCCUCUCCGGCCUGGAACCGCACCGCCCUGCUCCCGAAGGUGACUCUUCAUGAGGGUCCCGAGGGUCGCAUCGUCAACGGAUACGAUGCCCCUGCCGGCAAGGCGCCCUAUAUUGUGGGCCUGCUUCUGCUCAAUGAUGGCAGCAACUCCGCCUACGUGGGUGCCGGUACCAUCAUUGCCAACAACUGGAUUCUGACCGCCGCCCACUGCCUGACCACCGACUCCGUGAACAUCAACUACGGCUCAAACAACGCCUGGAGCGGAACCUUCGUCCAGAACGUUCGCAGCGAAAACUUCAUCAGCCAUCCCAACUGGCCCGCCGAGGGGGGACGCGACAUCGGCCUGAUCAAAACCCCCUGGGUGGACUUCACCGACCUGAUCAACAAGGUGGCCCUGCCCAGCCAGAGCGAGGCCAGCGACCGCUUCACAGACACCUGGUGCCUGGCCUGCGGGUGGGGCGGCAUGGACAACGGCAACCUGGCCACCUGGCUGCAGUGCAUGGAGGUCCAGAUCAUCAGCAACAGCGAGUGCGAGCAGGCCUACGGCACCGUGGCCAGUACUGACAUGUGCACUCGCCAAACCGACGGCCACUCCGUGUGCGGAGGCGACUCUGGCGGUCCUUUGGUGACUGUGGACAACCCACGUCUUGUGGGAGUGAUCACAUUCGCCUCCGUCAGCUGCCACAAUGGUCCUUCCGGUUACACUCGCGUCUCCGAUUAUUUGGAAUGGAUCAACGACAACACUGGCAUUUCUUACUAA